UAUUCAAAAUCGCAAUAAUAAAAUGCAAAUAUCGAAAAUAAUGGAGAAUUUCUGUUUUCAAUCUUAGAAACUUGUAAUUAAAUUCCUGGAAUAGCUACAUAACAUAAUGAACAUAAGGGAAGAAAUUACGAAAUACGGCGAAUGCAGGUGUUGUUUCGCGCUGGGCAACCACCGCGAUCUCAUGAAGGAGUACGAGUGGAACGGGACCCGGGAAGUUUAUUUCAAAAUAUUCUUGGAAUGCUUUAAUGUGUUCUUAUGCACAAACAUUGGUAAAAGCAACCUGAUAUGCACAUCCUGUGUGCUGCGGUUGAGAGAUGCAACCAGCUUCAAGAAGAUGGUGCUGGAAGCAGAGCGGAGCCUGACCAGCUGUAAGAUGAAACAAGAAGCUUCUGUGACUGAUCCAAUAGACCCAUCAUCAUCAUCAUCAGUGCUUGAUGUGGAAAUAAAGAAUGAACCAGGGCUGAGCUCAGAAUCAAGUGAUGAUGAGCAGAAUGUUGGGAUCACGGAUGAUGAUUCUAUGCCUGAGCAAGAAGAGCCAGUCAAAGUAAAAAACUACAGUCCCAGUACAUACGCAGAGACCGUCCGUGCAACUUUCUGCAAAAUGAAGAACAACAACAGGACUGAGAAACUGUCAUACAUACACAAUGCUACCAUCAUUAUAGAGAACUCCAACGUCACUCCGUUCAAACCCAAAUACCAGACUGGCUUCCCUUGCUUCUACUGCUCAAUGCUGUUCCACGAUCUACCAAAAAUGAGGGUUCAUCAACAGAAGCAUACGAAAGCAGAACUCAGGGCGGUACUAAAUACACUAGGAGCUGAAGCAUUUAUAGUCUACGUCGAUGUCACAGACCUAAAAUGUACAAUAUGUAAUGAAGAAAUUCCAAAUCUGCCCGAACUAAAAUCACAUUUAAUCAAAAAACACAAGAAGAAAAUGCACGAUUGCCCUGACCGCAUUGUCCCUUUCAAAAUAACCCCAAAUUUGUUCGAGUGUCAAGUGUGCAAAUGCAAUUUUGAAACUUUUGGUGCAAUGGAGCGUCAUAUGAACGUACAUUUUAGAAAUUAUGUGUGUAAGGAAUGUGGGACUGGCUUCGUUACCAAAAGUCGUUUUAAAGUACAUUCCAAACAACACAACGAGGGUAGUUUUCAAUGUGAGACGUGUAAAAAAGUUUACGCUACCCCCCUAAAGUUAAAAAAUCAUAUUGACGUUGUUCACAAGAUGGUAAAAAGGUUCAGAUGUGUGAAAUGUGAUGAGCGGUUUACCGAGUAUUUUAAGCGACAGCAACAUAUGGUGGAAGUGCACGGCGAAGCGAAACUGGAGUAUAAAUGCAACGUGUGCGAUAAAAUAUUUGACAGAAAAUAUCUAUUAUCCACACAUAUGAAACGGGAUCAUUUAGAACAGAGAGACUUCCAAUGUGAAAUGUGUUCGUACACCUGUUUUGCUAAAAACGAAUUAAAGCAUCACAUGAUAAAACAUAAUGGCUCGCGUAUAUUUGAGUGCUCUGUGUGUAAAAAGUCGUAUGCGAGAAAGAAAACUUUGAGAGAGCAUAUGCGGAUACACAAUAACGACAGACGGUACGCCUGCCAGGUGUGUGGGCAGGCUUUCGUACAGAACUGCAGCUUGAAAGGGCAUAUUAAAACACAUCAUCCCGAAUUGCAGGUGCAAUAGAUCAGGCAUUAAGUGAUUUUCGUGUGUAAUCAUCUUCAUAAUUUUAUCAACCGAUAGAUGUCUUAUCUAGGUCUUCAAUGAUUGUGUCCUACCUGUGAUGACGUAUGGAGUAGAAAUGUGGACACUAUUCGCCUCGUCCACAAAUUAAAAGUCGCUCAGUGAGCUAUGGAGUGAACUAUGUUGGGUAUUACUCUCAGGGAUAAAAU